AUGGUGCCUAUUGUUGAUCGCAUAUAUGCUUAUUCACUGAAGUUGAUAUUAUUAAUUGCUCUAUGCACAUUAUCAGAUUGUUAUGACCCGUUGGAUCCAAAUGGGAACAUUUCUGUAACUUUUGACAUUUACCAACGUACAGAUAAUGGAUAUCUGGCGAGGGUGACCCUUCAAAACCACUAUCAAUAUCGCCAUGUAGACAAACCUGGGUGGAGCCUAGGAUGGACAUGGGCUAACGAUGAAGUGAUCUGGUCAAUGAACGGUGCCCUUGCAACUGAUAGAGGGAAUUGUUCAUCUUACAGUGGCUCUCAGAUGCCACAUUCCUGCAAGAAAGAUCCCUUCAUAGUUGAUCUCUCACCGGAUGUCACACAAAACAGGUCAGAGCAUUGCUGUCACGGUGGCCUCCUCUCUGCCUGGGCUAUCGAUCCUUUCAGUUCAUUCUCUUCAUUUGAACUUGACGUUCGCAACUUGAGGCAAAACCCACUUGGACAAAUACCUAAUAAUCUUACAUUGAUGGCCCCAGGACCUGGUUACACUUGUAGCCCCCUUCUUGAUACUGAUCCCACUGUAUCCUCAGACUUUGGGGGACUAAGACAAGUACCUGUUCUCAGAACUUGGAAGUCAACAUGUGCAUACUCAAGUUUCUUGGCAAACACACCACCAAUGUGCUGUGUUUCCCUCUCAUCAUUUUACAAUCCCAACAUCACGCCGUGCCGUAAUUGCAGUUGUGGAUGCAGAGAAGCAAAUAUAAAUACAGCAUCUUGCAUAAGGCCAAGUGAUCCUUUACCACGGUCAGGUGAGGACAGCACAAUUGAAUGCACCAACCACAUGUGCCCAAUUCGUAUCCAUUGGCAUUUCAUGAACAACUAUAUGAAUCAAUGGAGGGUGAAGCUUACAGUUUCUAACUACAACUACAACAGAAACUACUCAAACUGGAACGUUCUGGCUCAACAUCCUGGUUUCACCCAAAAAGCAACUACUUAUAGCUUCAACAGCACUAUACUUCCUGCCGUUGGCCUCAAAGAUGGAGUUUACCUUUUUUGGGGGAUAGAUUUUUACAACAAUGAGCUAUUGCAUUCUGAUAAAGAUCGAGUGGGUGGUGUGACAACAGAAAUACUAUUGGAAAAAGAUACAAAUUCUUUCACAUUAAGUAACGGAUGGGCAUUUCCUAGAAGAAUAUAUUUCAACGGGGAGAACUGUGAGAUGCCUUUACCUGACACGUUUCCUAUGUUACCAAAUGGUAGCUCCAGUUUAACAAGUUACUGUGGUUUCAAUCUUUUGUUGAUAUUUUUGUUUCUUACCCUUUGGUUUUGA